AUGUCAGCCCUUCUUUUCUGGCUACGACGAAUUUAUUCGCUCGAUACCCUCGACACUCGUUUCACGUCGACCGCAACAACCCCCGGUGUAGCUGCCGCUGACACGCGACCUCCAGCUGCCAAAGAUGCUCGCGCCAACGCGAUCGCCCAGGGCAGGCCGCCGCCGCUCUGGCGCACACCGGAAUUCUUUGUUUAUUAUAUCUUCUUCAUCACACUCGUUCCAUUGAUGUUCAAAACGGUCGUGGAUGCUUCCAAGGACUCCCAUCCGGUCUAUCCUACAUAUUCUCAUCUACUCUCACAGGGCUGGAUUCCCGGUCGCUUGGUUGACAACUCCGAUGCGCAAUACGCAGGUUUCCGCGACAACUUCCCAUAUCUGUUGUUGCUCGUCAUUUCGCAUCCUAUCUUGCGACGUGCCUAUCAACGCUUCGUAGCGACUCCCAAGACGGAUCAUAGAACAGCUCGGUCUCCCAGUGCGGCGGCAGAUGCGCAAUUGGAUCAGCGCAUGCGAUUCGACUUUGCAUUUGGCCUCGUAUUCAUCACGGCACUUCACGGCAUCUCGGCCUUGAAGAUAUUGUCGAUUUUAUACCUGAAUUAUAAGAUUGGAACAAGCCUUCCCCGCUCUUAUGUCCCUGCUGCAACAUGGACCUUCAAUAUCUGCAUCUUGUUUGCCAACGAGCUGUGCAGAGGCUAUUCACUGGAGGUGCUGGCGACAAUCAUAUCUCCUGGCCCUGAUUCUUCGAGUGAUAAGCAUACGGGGCUUGUGCAGUGGGCGAAGGCAUUGGAUAACUUGGGUGGAAUUAUGCCUCGGUGGGAAGUUCUGUUCAAGGUCACCAUCUUGCGUCUAAUCAGCUUCAACAUGGACCACCACUGGAGCCUACAGUAUCCCGCGACCAAUGCGCUUGAAAAGAAACAAUUAGACCCCGCGAAUCUUUCUGACCGUGAUCGUGUCAAGAUUCCACCUGAAGCCUCGGCAUUCAGUUUCCGCAACUACAUUGCCUAUGUUCUCUACUCUCCCUUGUUCCUAGCUGGUCCAAUAAUGACCUUUAACGACUAUGUUUCGCAGCAACGGUACAAGGCACCGUCAUUGACCGGAACACGGACUCUGCUUUACGGGAUCCGCUUCCUCCUUACCCUGUUGUGUAUGGAGCUCAUCCUUCACUACAUCUACGCCGUUGCAAUCUCAAAAUCAUCGCCCAACUGGUCCCUCUUCACGCCCGGUCAGCUGAGCAUGCUUGCUUUCUUCAACCUUCACAUCAUCUGGUUGAAGUUGUUGAUCCCCUGGCGAUUCUUCCGGUUCUGGGCCCUCCUCGACGGGAUCGAUCCUCCCGAGAACAUGGUGCGCUGCAUGUCAAACAAUUACUCCGCGCUCGCUUUCUGGCGCGGAUGGCACCGUUCAUAUAACCGCUGGAUUGUCCGUUACGUAUACGUGCCACUAGGCGGAGCCGGUGGUGCACGUGGUUCCUCAACCUCCGGAACCAGAUCAUCCUCUAAAUCAGGCCUAAUGGCCAAAUUCCUGCAAAUCCGUAACUUCUUGCUGGUCUUCACAUUCGUGGCUCUAUGGCAUGAUAUUAAUCUGCGUCUUUUGAUGUGGAGCUGGCUCAUCACGCUCUUCAUUCUACCGGAGGUUCUGGGUGGAAUCCUGUUCCCUGCGAGUCGCUGGCGUUCACGCCCCACUACCUACCGUGUCUUGAGCGGCAUCGGGUCCGUGGGAAAUGUGCUUACGAUGAUGAUUGCCAAUCUGACAGGGUUCGCACUGGGCCUGGAUGGACUUCAGGAGUUGCUGACGAGUCUCACGGGAUCGUACUCGGGUGUGGCGUAUAUGAUUUCCUGUUGCGCUGUGCUGUUCGUCGGCGUACAGGUCAUGUUUGAGAUUCGGGAGGAUGAACUUCGAGCUGGUAUCAAUUUGAAGUGUUGA